CCUGGCAGGCUACAGUCCAUGAGGUCGCAAAGAGUCGGACACAACUGAGCAAUUAUCACUCUAAGGAGGGCAAAGCCUGAUUAGAGAAGGUAUGGGUGAGAACAUCAGUAGACCAUAUGGAGGCAGUGAGUGUGACAACUUUUUGGAGAAGUUUUACUAUAAAGAGGACCAAAGAAAUGGGGUCAUAGCUGGAAAGGGAGCUGGAAUCAAGAGUAUUUUCAUUCGUUUUCAUAUGAGAUGACUCUGUGUGGGUUGAUGAGAAUGACCCAGUUCAGAGAGGGAAGCUGAAGGUGCAACAGAGAGAGAGGAGAACUAUGAGACAGUGGCCUGGAAUGGGCACAGUUGUGUUGGGAAAGCAGAGGGCAGGGAGGGUCUAUGGGGCAGUGGGGGUCUGUGGACAUUCACUUUCUAUUAAUUUUUUUUUUUUCCUACAAAAUAAGAAGAAAGGAGGGAGUUUCAUGGUGGUCCAGAGGUUAGGACUCUGUGCUUCCACCCCUUCAGGGGGAACUGGUUGGAUCCCUGGUUAGGGGGAACUAACUAAGAACCUGCAUGUCGCACCAUGCAGCCAAAAAUAAAUAAGAAGAAGCAAGGAAAGAGUGAAAAGGUGGAAGGAAGUGUAAUGUGUUGGAGGUUAGGGGAGAAGUUGUGAAAUAGCUAUCUAUAGAGAGGAAGAGCUAGUGGAUAAAAGAAAUGUAAUCUGAUUGCCAGACAGCACUGCAGGCACGCUUGAGCGUCAAGUUCACAAGCUUGAAGUGGAGCCGGCCAGUGGAGUUGUGUGUUGUUCUUCAGCUGCUUUAAACCGUGUGAGUACAGGCACAGGUCUUCAGUGAGCCUAUGGUCAUAUGUAAGGAGCUCAGCCUGACCCAAGCGCACCGGCCAGAGCAGGAAGCCGUGGACUCUGGCGGCCGGAGAUGGGCGCCCGGCCCUCGCGGCGGCGACGGCUGCCCGCGGAGCCGCCCAUAGCCUUGGACGCGCUGCCCCCGGAGCUGCUCGUGCAGGUGCUGAGCCACGUGCCCCCGCGCGCGUUGGUGAUGCGCUGCCGCCCGGUGUGCCGCGCCUGGCGCGACGUGGUGGACGGGCCCACCGUCUGGCUGCUGCAGCUGGCCCGCGACCGCAGCGCGGAGGGCCGCGCCCUUUAUGCGGUGGCCCAGCGCUGCCCGCCCAACAGCGAGGAUGAGGAGGAGUUCCCGCUCUGCGCCCUGGCGCGCUACUGUCUGAGGGCGCCGCUAGGCCGCAACCUCAUCUUCAACUCCUGCGGAGAGCAGGGCUUCAGAGGCUGGGAGGUGGAGCACGGCGGGAAUGGCUGGGCCGUGGAAAAGAACCUCAUAAUGAUGCCGGGAGCUCCUUCCCAGACCUGCUUCGUGACUUCGUUCGAAUGGUGCUUUAAGAGGCAGCUUGUGGACUUGGUGAUGGAAGGGGUGUGGCAGGAGUUGCUCGACAGCGCCCAGAUCGAGAUCUGUGUGGCCGACUGGUGGGGUGCCCGGGAGAACUGCGGCUGCAUCUACCGGCUUCGGGUCCGCCUCCUGGACGUGUAUGAAAAUGAAGUGGUCAAGUUCUCGGCCUCACCCAACCCGGUCCUUCAGUGGACUGAGAGAGGCUGCCGACAGGUCUCCCACGUCUUUACCAACUUUGGCAAGGGUAUCCGCUACGUGUCUUUUGAGCAGUAUGGAAGAGACACGCGUUCCUGGGUGGGGCACUACGGCACCCUUGUGACCCACUCCAGUGUGAGGGUCAGGAUCCGCCUGUCCUAGCUAACCAGCCUGACCCGGCCUUCCAAGACAGACUGUCAUCUGCCGGACACUAACAUCAAUCAAGGGCGGCUUUUGCAGCCAGGAGCCAGAGGAUGCCUGGGGAAAGGGGCGGGGAGGUCCCGUGUGGCCUGUUCCCGGCACCCUUCCAGUGAACCCCAUUUGCUGCUGCUUCAGCCAAGGAACCAGUGAUCCAACCAGGCUGGUCACUUGCUUCCCCAGGGCAGUGUCAAAGGGUAACUCAGAGACCUGUACUAUACUUGUAAAUUUCUUUCUCACGUCUGUGGUUAUCAGUUGAUGGUGGUUUAGUCACCAAGUCGUGUCCAACUCUUGCGACCCCGUGGACUGUAGCCCACCAGGCUCCUCU